AAAUAUGUCUGUGAAUAUACGCAUCGAUGAGGCUCGCUCCCUUGGGGACCAACAUGACCAACAAGGUUGCGAUGGACAGGCGACGUGUGAGGAAGCGUGUCGUGACGAUGGCGAUGUGGAAGUGGACAUGAAAUUUGGUUUGUUCGUGGAUACUGAUCGUUCGAUGCCUCGGAAUGUAUCGGAAGAGGAGUUCGAUUUUGAUUCCGCUUUCAGUUCCGAAUCGAACCAAGCGCUCACUGAUGAAAGUACGAUUGACCACCUGGAGGACAGAAUGCUGCCAGAUGGUGCAGUAGAACGGGAGCGGCUGAAAUCCCUGGAAGACGAACAUGAAAUCCUUUCGUCGAAUUUGAUUGCACUGACAUCACAUUUUGCUCAGGUGCAGCUACGACUGAGGCAAAUAGUGGAAGCGCCACCGCAGGAGCGGGAUACUUUGCUGAAAAAUCUGGAAGAGUUUGCCUUCCUUGGCAUACCGGAAAUACAACAGAAUCCGGUGAAGCAAAACAUUCCCGAAAUUGUGGCCAAUCUCGACAAGAGCCCCGAAUCGGUGGAAAAUCUGCGCGAAAAACAACAGGAGCUUAUCGGGCAGCUGAAGUCGCAGCUAAUGGACCUGGAGCGCUACGCAUACGAGUCUGGGGCGGGCAUCCUGCCACAAACGAUUCUUCUGGAAAAGCAGAAAGUAAUCAUCGAGGAAAUAAAGAAGAAAAUCAACCUUAACUUGAACGAGCUCGACUUGCCACAGCUGACAUCGGAAGAUUUGCGCCAGCAAGUAGACAGCGCUCUCGAUGAGCUAGUGAAUCCACUGAAGAUGAAGGAACAGUUAGUGACGCAGCUGAAAACGCAAAUUCAGGACCUCGAGCGGUUCAUCAGCUUCCUGCAGACAAACGAGAAAGCGGAAAUCAAAAAACGUUUCCUGGAGCAGCAAAAGCAACAGGAACAGAGAGCCGAGGCAUGCAAGGGAAACGAGGGCCGAUCGCAACGUUCGUCGGACCGUCACACUCUUUCAAAGCCUAUGUCUGCUCACCCGAGUAACGGCACCAGUGCAAGCCAGGCUGCAGCGAAACGGGAAUCGUUCAAUAGCAAAGCGUUUGGUUUGAUGGAUAAGGCCGGAACGCUGCUGCAAAUGUUCGCCCUCUCGCAAUUCACUUGUGGAAGUGAGCAUCGAAACAGCGAGACAAACUAUCAAUCCAAGAUGAUGACCCGCACGCGACAAAACUGUUGGGGCGACAUUCGAGCAAGGCUGGAGUACGAUGUGCAGGAGAUAGCGUCUUUGGCGCUAACUAUGCAAAAUGAAAUAUCACCCAAGGAAGCGGACCACAACGACGAGGAAGACGAGGACUCGAACCGUCCCGGACGUGACAAUAGGAAGAAUUACGAGCUGACGCUGCUUGUUCGCAAGCGUUUGGCGAAAACUAUCCAACGGUUAAUGCAACACGGUUUGCGGAGCAUUUCCGAGAGUGCGAGCCACAGCCUUGUACCAUUCAUUUCCGGGUGCUUUUCUACUACGGGCAGCGGCCAUAGUGGUACCAAUCAUUCCAGCAUGAGCAGUCGUGCAAAUGAAAGUUUCUACCGCUCGGAAGUUAGACGAAAGAGUACCGGGACAACGACUACUGCGCCGAAGAAACAAUCGUCGUAUGUGGAGGAGGAUACGUCGAAUGCGGUCGUCACGGAGGAUAAUCUAUUUUCUCAGCUAGAUGACGAUGAAGAAGAGGAUAUGGAACCACAAUUCGAUAGCAAUAACAAGGACGAAAUGCAUGUCUGGGAGUUGCUGCUGGUGUAUUACAAUAUAAAAAAUGGUGAUCGUUACAACUCGACGCCGGCUAGAAAGUUGUCAGAAAGCUUCAACCUGGACAUCGUUGACGGUAGACCGUUGUCGAACAAGCAGAGUCUUCUCAGUGCUAUUGGGUCGAUCAUAGCAUUACACAGUCCCUACAAGAGAAGCUACGAUUCACAGUUUAAGGCAUUCGUAUGUGCCGGAUUGAAUGCCCAGAAGUUAACACAAUGGCUGUACCUUAUUUUCCAGUGCAAAGAACUGGUUAGCUCGCAUUAUGCCAGCUGGAGCUAUGUGGCCAACACCGGAUUUCGCGACGCUUUAAAAACGUUGGAUUGCUUGACACAGUACCGGUUUGAUCUUCCAGUCGAUUUAUCAAUUCGCCAGUUUAAAAACAUUAAAGACGUUUUUAUAACCGCGAGCAACAUGAGUGAGAAAAAGAAAGCACUUUUUAUUUGCCUGGGAAACAUCUGCCGAUCACCUAUCGCGGAGGCGGUGUUCAUAAAAGCAAUCGACACGGCUGGCGUAGCAGAUCAGUGGGAAGUAGACAGUGCGGCCAUAGGAUCGUGGCACGUUGGACGAAGCCCUGACCAUCGGGCUCUGGCAACAAUGAAAAAGCACGACCUACCGUACAGCAACAAGGCUAGGCAGAUUAAAAAGGCGGACUUUGAGCAUUACGAUUACAUUUUUGGAAUGGACGGGGAGAACAUUGCUGAUUUGAAGGAACGCGCGCCCAAGGGAGACAGCAAAGCGAAAAUACUACUGCUGGGUGAUUUCGAUCCGCAACAGCCUGGUGCUAUCAUACGCGAUCCGUACUAUGAUAGCGGCUCGGAAGGGUUCGAGCAGUGCUACGUGCAGUGUUCCGUGCUGUUCGAACAACCGAGGUGCUGGUGUGAAGCUCUUCUUCCGUAUCGCGAACACCGUUGUCGUUGUGGUCGCCGUAGUUUUCCGUCGUCGAAAAAUCAUUGCUUUCCGGAAUCCAAAAGCUGUGGAAAAGGUGCCAACAUGAGUGUCGACGCUGCCGUUCCUCAACCCGCGGAUUCCUCCAAGGUGAUGAAUGGCAUGAUGGAACGGCCGAACGGCGUAAGCAACGGUCACUCGGGCGGUGGAGGUGAAAACGGCGAUCGUCAUAAAAGCCACAAAAGCUCUAGCAAGGACAAGCAUCGUGACAAAGAUCGUGACAAAAAUCGGGAUAAGGACAAGCAUCGCGACAAAGAUCGCGAUCGUGAGAAGGACAAGAAUCGCGAUAAGCACAAGAGCAGCAGCCAUUCGUCUUCUUCAAAAAGUGGUAGCAGCUCAUCGAAGGAUAAAGAGAAGUCUGACAAGGAAAAACAUAGCUCUAGUAGUAGCAGCAACAAGGAUAAGGAAAAAAGCCACCACAGUAGCUCGUCGUCGCACAAAAGUUCCAAAAGCGAUAAGGAUCGGUCGAAGGAUAAGGAACGGGAAAAAGACAAACAUCGAAGCCGCGAAGAUGGCAAGGAUCGUGAGCGUGAUCGCGACAAGAAGGAUCGCGACAAAAGCAGUCGAAGCGAUAAAGACAAGGACAAGCACAAAUCGUCAUCCUCGUCCUCGUCGAACAAAGACAAGGAUCGGGAUAAGCAUAAGAGUAGCAGCAGCAGCUCUAGCCGCGACAAGGAUAAGGACAAGAACAAACAUUCCAGCUCGAGAAGGGACAAGGAUAAGCACUCCUCGUCGUCGUCAUCCUCCAAACAUAAGGAUCGGCACCGAGAUGAGAAAGUACCUUCGGGCGAGGUGAAGGUGAAGGAAGAACCGGAGCCUGUUCCGACGGAAUUCUUGAACGGAGAAGGGUAUAUACCCCAGCAGAAUGACGCAAUGGUGGAAAACCGCGCAGGACCUGUGGGAGGAAAGUUGGACAUUUCCCAGGCAAGUUCGUGCGAUUACUCGAUGUCGCAGUUCCGCGCCGACGAGACACCAUUUGCGUUGAAGCAAAAUGAAACGAUGGACCAAACCACUUCCAACCAGGACGACGAUUAUCAGAAUAACGAUGACGAGGAGGGAGAUGACGCAAGCCGUUAUAAUGAUUUUAACACUGAGAAUGGUCAUCACCAUGAACAACAGCCCCAUUUGUACCAGCAGCAGCAACACCAGCAGCAAGGAUAUUUUGGUGGCAUGCAACAGCAGCACGAACAGUAUCAGGCGAACGUUCAGGCCGGUAUCAAGAUGGAGCCGCUAGAUAUCAAAGAAGAACCGCAAUCUGGCCAGGAGGGGGAGGAAGAGUCCGAGGACGAUAUACCACUAUCAAAGCGGAAGAAACGCGAGGCUGAAGAAGGCUACGAUGAAGAUGGCAGAAAGAAGAAAAUUAAGACGGAGAAAAAAGAGAAGAAAAACAAAAAGCGCUCGCAUGAUUCCGAUGAUGCCAACGAGAACGACGAUGAUGUCAAUAGCAGCAAGAAGAAACCGAAGAAGACUAAAAUAAAAAAGGAGCCAGGAGUAGAACCACCUACCCAACAUGCGAAGAAGAAUACCAAGGCUGCUCCCCCAAUGCCUGGAACCAAUCAGGCAGGAACCGGCGACCAGGCUGGAACCGGCAAGACUGGACGAGCUCGGGUAAAGAAGGAAGAAGAAGAGCAAGAAGUAUGGAAAUGGUGGGAGGAGGAAAAGCGCGACGACGGCGUCAAAUGGAAAUAUUUGGAGCACAAGGGGCCUGUAUUUGCACCACCGUACGAUCCACUUCCUUCGCACGUGAAGUUCAUGUACGAUGGCAAAGAAAUGAAGCUCUCGCAGGAUGCGGAGGAAGUGGCAGGCUUCUACGCGCGCAUGCUGGAACACGACUACACAUCCAAGCAAGCGUUCAAUGAUAACUUCUUCAAGGAUUGGCGCAAAACGAUGACGCCGCACGAGCGGGAGCGCAUCACCGACUUGGAAAAGUGUAACUUCCGUCCUAUGGCAGCGUACUUCGCGGAAAUGGCCGAGCAGAACCGGAAUCGCAGCAAAGAGGAGAAGGCUGCACUGAAGGCGGCGAACGAGCAGUUGACAAAGGAGUACGGUAUUUGCGUUAUCGAUGGGCAUAAGGAAAAGAUUGGAAACUUCAAAAUAGAACCGCCCGGUUUGUUCCGCGGCCGUGGCGAGCAUCCGAAGAUGGGCCUGGUGAAGAGGCGCGUUAUGCCCGAGGACGUCAUCAUCAAUUGCUCCCAGGACAGCAAAAUACCGUCCCCACCGCCAGGUCGCCGAUGGAAGGAGGUGCGCCACGACAACACUGUAUCGUGGCUAGCUUCCUGGGUCGAAAAUGUGCAGGGGCAGGUGAAGUACAUCAUGCUGAAUCCCAGCUCCAAGCUGAAGGGCGAAAAGGAUUGGCAGAAGUACGAAACGGCGCGUCGGUUGCUGAAGCACAUCGAUAAAAUUCGAGACACGUACCGCGACGAGUGGAAGAGCAAGGAGAUGCGUAUCCGACAGCGUGCGGUAGCGAUGUACUUUAUCGAUAAGCUUGCGCUGAGAGCGGGCAAUGAAAAGGACGACGAUCAGGCCGAUACGGUCGGUUGCUGUUCGCUGCGUUACGAGCACAUAGCGCUGCACAAGGAGCUAAACGGUAAAGAGAACGUGGUUGUGUUCGAUUUCCUCGGUAAGGAUUCCAUCCGCUACUACAAUGAGGUGGAGGUAGAGAAGCGUGUCUUCAAGAACUUGGAGCUGUUUAAAGAAAACAAAAAGCCGGGCGACGAUCUGUUUGACCGGUUAAACACGUCCGUAGUGAACGAAUAUCUGAAGGGAUUGAUGGAUGGGCUCACUGCCAAAGUGUUCCGUACUUUCAACGCAUCUUACACAUUGCAAAAGCAGUUGGAAGAAUUGACGGAUCCUAACAUGUCCGUACCGGAAAAGCUGCUUGCUUACAAUCGUGCAAAUCGUGCGGUCGCUAUUUUGUGUAACCAUCAGCGGGCCGUCCCAAAAACGCACGAGAAAAGUAUGGGCAAUCUGAAGGAAAAGAUUCGCGUGAAGCGCGAACAGGUUGAACAGUGUCAAAAGGAAUUCAAGGAUCUCAAGAAAAGUAAUGUUCGUGAUCCGAGCGCGUUUGACAAGAAGAGCAAACAGUUGGAAAGGCUAAAGGAGCAGCUUAAGAAGUUGGAGCUCCAGGAAACGGAUAGGGAUGAAAAUAAAACGAUCGCUCUGGGCACAUCCAAGCUGAACUAUCUGGACCCGCGUAUCUCCGUGGCUUGGUGUAAGAAGUUCGGAGUACCGAUUGAGAAGAUUUUCAACAAGACACAGCGCGACAAAUUCCGAUGGGCAAUAGAUAUGGCCGACGAAAACUACGUAUUUUAAAAGAAAGAAAAAAACAACAACGGGCGCGUUGCGGCGGUUUUUGCAAAUACAGCAAUCCACCGAAGCUGUCGUCCUACAUGGACACUCGUACUAUGCGUGUCGAAUGAAAAACAUCAUUUUGUUCACCAUUUAUCAUAUUCAGCACAAUGCUGUGGUAUUGAACUUCCUUUAGAUACCUAGGAAAGGAUCAGUUUCGCGACAGCUUGGUCAUAAUCGAUCCAGUCGCGAUGCACUUUUGCAAUGAAAGAUUCGCAAACCGUACGCAAUUCUAAUAUACAUUUAGAGUUUUAUUUGUUAAGAUUUGAAGGCAUCUGUUGAGGAGACCGUUUUACACGUGCCCGUGGCGUAAAACACUCUUUAGUAUGAUGUUAGAGAGACCACACGUUCUGUGCAAGUAUGUCUAUUAUCUUUUAUUUUAAGAUAUAAAGUUUCGGGGCAGAAAAACGCAAGACGACCGAUUAUGAUGUCCAACCUUGUUAGAAUAAAAUGAUAUGGUUGAAGAAGAAAAUGCAGCAUUGUACCCUUGAUGUGCGGUUCCAUUACAAGGGCUACUUUCCUAUUGUAUAUGUGCAUGCAUUGUAGUGCGUAUGCGCGUAUUGUAGUUGUAUGCGUGUAGUGCAUAUAACUAGAACAAAACAUUGGUCAGACCUAAGCGUAGUCGUAUGUUUGAAAUUUUUGUGAAAUUCAGUGCGACAGUGUUAAGGUGUAGAACAAAACCUGGCAGAGAGAGAAAGAAGAAGAAGAAGAGAGAGAGAGAAAGAGAGAGAGAGCGAGGGAGAGGGAGAGGGAGAGGGAGAGAGAGAGAGAUGUAGAAGUAACGUUUAAUUUAUUUUAGUAAAAUUCCAUCAAUCAAACUGCUCGAGACUAUCUCUUCGCACAUCAGUAGAAAGAAGGGCUACAGAGGUUUUAAAAAGCCCAACGACGUUAAUUUACAAAUCCGAUUGAGAAAGGAUCGUCACACUUCUGAUUUUAUCCUUUAUUCGCUUUAACCUGCUUCUCUCAUGUAUGGCGAGGGUUGUUAGUUACGUGCGUAGUGAAGGUUCAUUGUUUCCUUUCCCUUACAACAACAAAAAAAAACUGCUAAUGUGUGUGAAGUUAGUGAUGUUUCGGACAUAGUUUUAUAUUUUCUUAGCAAAACACAAACAAUUAGAUAAAUUUACAUGAUCAGGGUGGUCUCGUGGGAGAGUCGUCAACUCGCACGACUUAUCAAGCCAACCAAUGCCCGUCGUGGGUUCAAACCUUAUAUGGACCGUCGCCCCAUAGCAAGGACUGACUAUAUCCGGCUGCGUGGUACUACUAAUAAGACCCGAAAGCCCUUUGUAUCGGGCCGGCAUGACCACGAUGGUCGUUGCGCCAAGAAGAAAAGAAGAAGAAUAUGAUCGUGUAUAAUAGUAUUGGAUUCGCAUAACGUGAGUGCGUGUGUUUAGUUAGUAAUUACGCAUUGAUGAAGCGCGUAACGCUCGCAAAUUUCAUGCGAGGGGUUUCGGGCGGAGAGGGCUAGCUAGCAGAAGAAAUGUUCUCUCUAUUAUUACACCACGAUAAAGGCAAUAAGGUCGUACUUGGCACACCCGUUCUUCCGGCAGAUAAACCAGCCAGUGUAUAUUGUUUGUGCUCCUGUGUACACAUAAACACACUCACACACACACACACCACACACUGACAUUGUUUUCAAACUCUGCACAAUCAUUUGAUAUGUUAAGUUGUAGUAUUUAGGUGCGUAGAUGAUUUAUUUGGUUCGUGACACGAUGUUACUAGGAGUGCACUCUGCUGAAGCAAAACAGAAAUCAGUGUAAAAUACUUUGAUAGGAUUUAAAGAUGACUCAAAAAACAAAAUAUAUGCAUAUAUAUUUCAAACAAAAAAACAACACAAAAACACCCAUGAUACACUAAUGAAUCGCAUCUGAUUGUAAGCGGAGACAUGUUUGUGUGGAAAGCAUCGACUAAAAAUUGUGUAGGGGAGGGGAGGGGGAUGGUAACUUUUAAGCAAAGAGUACAUUACACAACACAACAGCAAAGGAUCAAUUUGGUAUUUAGGGGGUGGUGUAAUACAAGCACUGGAAGUGUAAUGCCUAACAUUAAAGACUAUCGAUGGAUCAGAAGAAGGAAGGAAGGAAGGAUGGAGGGGGGCUCGCUGUUUGUACGUUUACGAACGGUAGUUUUGGUUUGUUUUAUUCUGGAAACCUAUGAACAUAUGUUUCAUGGGAUGGGAUGUGGUGUUUCAUGCGUUAACAACAGUUGCAUACCCCAUUUACCGUUACAUCGCUCUAUCUACAUACACAUCUAAGCAUCUUGACUUGAUAGUGGAUAAUGAUCGAGUAAACAAAACUAUAGAAAAGCGAAACGUGUUGGGUUUCGUAAAAAAAAUAAAAUAGCACACUCAUAUAUAACAACAAACGUGAUAAGAAAGAGCGGUCAGAGCUGCGCUGCCGAUGCAAGAGGGGUCUACUUCUUUAAAUCAUCUCACCGAAACCCAUCAUCUCAUACCGAUCGAUCACCUUCAUCUCAAAGCCGUUUUAUUUGCAAUACUUAAUUUUAAAACGCUUUCAGUGUGAAUGCCCAUUUGCGAUGACGAAUGCCAUUAGAAUGGCGUUAUAUAGAGUAGAGAAUGAUUCAUGCAAUUACUAGACCUUCAAUACAGGUACGACGAAAAUUGUACGAAAAUUCGCGUGAUGUUAACAGGACAGGAGGCCGAGCUGAACCAGCGUUACAGCAGUAAUAGAGGAAAGGAAAGGAAAACACAGAAAACCACCAUUACAACAUUUUCGUACCGCCGAAACUAUGAAUGAAGCAAGGGAGACAAAUGGUCAAGCGUGUAUGCCAUGGAAAAAGGGAAGCAGAUGAUCCUCCUGCACAUCGAUGCACCUGGGGAGGGGUGGGGCACAUGAAGGCCCAAUUCGCUCGAGACGAGUGAGGGAGAUAAGGCUCGAGUUCACAUGGAAAACAAAAUGCACGUGCAAAGACAGCAGCAACACAACUACUGUAAACAGUAAGUAGUAGCUGCGAGGGAAUUUGAAAUGGAACUAAAAACAAA